UCGAAAGGUGGUCAGUUAUCCCAAAAAAUUAUCCAAAAAAUUAUGUAGAUCCAAUACACUCUCUAAUAAACCGCCUUUAUUAUGUGGAAACAAAGAUAUCGACACAUUUAUUCAAGACACAAAGUCUAGAAAACAACAUUGCGACGAUUUCGUUGAGUGGAUACCUUAUUCGGAUAUCAAUAUAGAUAAGACUUCAAUUGCAAAAGGACUUUAUUCGGAAAUAUUUGUUGGUAAAUGGGAACCAUUAAAACAAGGUGAAGUUGUCAAUCAUAAGGAAUCAACAAAUAUUGAUAUUGUUCUUAAAGUUUUGGCGGAAUCUAAAAAUUCUAAACCAGAAUUUCUUAAAGAA